AUGGAUGAUCCUAGAGGAGUAGAUCCUGGAAGAAAAUAUGGAACAAGCGUUGAUAAGAGUAAUAACUCAUGGAAGUGUAUUUUCUAUAUAAGAGUGACGAAUGGAGGAGUUUCACGCCUCAAACAGCACUUGAUUGGAGGUUUUAGGAAUGCGAGAGCGUGUACGUUAUGUCCAGAACAUGUGCGAGAAGAGUUGCGGAGUUACAUGAUCAAAAAAGCAGAAGACAAAGCAGCUCGAAUNAUGCNAGAGAUUCCUAUAGAACNUGAUGAUUANGAUGUUGACGAAGAGAUGNAAGGGACGUCUAAGCGACCGACUCAAUCUAAGAAGCGAAAAGUGAAAGGUCCAUUAGACAGNUUUGUUACUUCACCUCCUCCGGAUAUAUUGNAAGGAAGAAAGGAUAGGAAANAUAUUUUUGGAGUGUGUGACAAAGAACUAAGAGAUAAGGCUUGUGGAGGUAUUGCUAGGUGGAUGUAUGAUGCUGGAAUUCCAUUUAACUCCGUUACUUAUGAUAUUUUUCCGGAGAUGUGUGAAUUGAUUGGACAGUAUGGUAUGGGAUUAAAACCACCUAGCAUGCAUGAAUUAAGAGUCCUGUUGCUUAAGAAAGAAAUAAACAACACUCUCACUCAACUCUCGGUCCAUAAGAAAGAGUGGGCAACUAAAAGAUGUUCAAUUAUAUCAGAUGGAUGGCGUGAUACGAUAUCUAAGAAAGAUAUAAUUAAUUUCUUAGUCAACUCUCCGAAAGGUUCGGUUUUCAUCGUUUCGAAAGACGUUUCAGAAGUUGUGAAAGAUGCNACAUUGUUGUUUCAGUUGCUUGACGAUAUGGUUGAAGAAGUGGGAGAGGCAAAUGUUGUUCAAGUUNUCACUGACAAUGCAUCUAACNAUAUUGCAGCUGGAAAAUUGCUCGAGGCGAAACGACCACAUCUCUAUUGGACUCCUUGUGCUGCACAUUGCAUCGAUCUGAUGUUGGAGGACAUUGGAAGACUUGCUCCAGUGAGAAGUGCAUUGAAGAAGUGCAUUUUCAUGAAUGGAUAUAUCUCCAAUCAUAUUCCUCUUGUGAACAUGAUGUGGAAAUUCACGGAAAAAAGAAAUCUGCAUAGGCCGGCGGUAACAAGGUUCCCUACGUCAUUCAUAACUAUGGGACAAUAUCACAAACAGCAGAAGAACUUGAAGAAGUUGGUUAAUUAUGAUGAAUUCAACAAGUCUAAAUGGCCAAAGGAAGUUGGUGGAAAGAAGGUGAAACAAUAUCUUUUGCAAGAUAGCUUUUGGAGAAAUGUUACUUAUGCUCUUAAGUUGACGAGUCCUCUGGUAAAAGUGCUAAGGCUAGUUGACGGAGAAAGAAAACCACCUAUGGGAUACAUUUACGCAGCCAUGGACAGAGCUAAAGAGGCAAUUUCAAAAAGUUUCAACAUGAAACAAGAGAAAUACGAGAAAGCAUUUGAGAUCAUUGAUAGAAAAUGGGAUUGUCAGCUUCAUCGUCCUUUGCAUGCAGCAUGUUAUUAUCUCAAUCCGGCGAUCCAUUACACAUAUCCGGAUGAUGUAUACUGCGAAGAAGUGGAAUUGGGUUUGUAUGAUUGCAUUAGUAGGUUGGUUCCGGAUACUGGUAUCCAAGAUAAGAUAAUGCUCUAG